CGGGAGGAUUAGGAGGGGAAGGGCUGGACGGUGGCUCGGGAGGAGGAGGCCUAAGUGAUACAUUGAACAAAGCAAGAGAGAAGCGGAAUAAGGAAAAGGAUCUUGGCGGAGGCGAUAUGGAUGGACUGUGUGAUUUAGGUGGUCUAGGCGCGACGGGCGGCGACACAAAAUCAGGCGAAGAAACAAAGGAAGGAGAAGGCAAGGAAAAGUCGCCGAAGGACAACAAAGACGAAAAUAAGGAAAAUGAGGAAAAGGAGGAUAAAGAAGGGAAGGACAAGAACGACCAUAAAAAAGAGGACAAGAACGAGGAUAAAGAAGAGAAGGACAAGAAGAAGGGCAAAGAGGAGGAGAAAAAGAAUGAAAAAGAUAAAGGUUCCGACAACAAAGCACAUGACAAGGAGAAUAAAGAAUAUGACAGAAGCCGCCGAACAGCUUGAAGAGCUUAGUCAAGUGCAAAAAGAGAGAUUUUCAGGUUUUUAUGCACCGUCGGGUGAUCUUCAUCGCCUGCUUCCGUAUAGCACCAAGACAAGAUCAAUCGAAACUGUUAUUGUUACAAACAUUACAGUGUUUAGAAUGGACACACCAGCAAUAAAUGAGGCGAACUGACGAUCACUGUGCAUACAUUGUGCAGACGAACACAUCAAAUGACUUCUUUUAAGACGUUCACAUCAAUGGCCAACGUAUCUUUAAAUGUAUUCAAUAAAACCUCUGAUAUUCGUCUUCAGCUAUGAUAA